CUCCAAGGUGAUGUCAUGGACGCAGCACUGACGCUGUUGCUGAUGCUGUUGCCCGGCACCUGCAUCCACACAGGCAGUCGGAGGGCAACUCAAGUCAGCGGUCCACCAGCAGCAGAGACGACAGGGACAGAGGGGGGCACCCCCUCCGUGCUGUCGCCCCCUCCACAUGUGCUGCUGACAGAGCGAACAGGAUCCUCAGCAUCCCCAGAGAGAAACACGCACAGCAAGAAGAUGACUCUGGCAGCAUACAAAGAGAAGGUCAAAGAGCUCCCCCUGGUGUCUCUGUUCUGCGCCUGUUUGAACCCACAGACUGCAGAAAAGACCCCUUACAAAGCAGAAGAUGCGGUGGACCUGGGUUGGUGUGUCAUGAAAGACGUGGAGGUGAUCGAGCUCAACAAGAGGACAUCAGGUCAGGCCUUUGAAGUCAUCCUCAAGCCCCCGUCCUUUGACGCCCUGCCGGAACUCAACACCUCUAUGCCGCAGCGGCGUGACCCCUCCCUGGAGGAAAUCCAAAAGAAGCUGGAGGCCGCUGAGGAGAGGCGAAAGUGCCAGGAAGCUGAGCUGCUGAAGCACUUGGCCGAGAAAAGAGAACACGAGCGCGAGGUGAUCCAGAAGGCCUACGCAGAGAACAACAACUUUAUCAAGAACGCCAAAGAGAAGCUGGAGCAGAAGAUGGAGGCCAACAAGGAGAACAGGGAGGCCCUUCUGGCCGCCAUGCUGGAAAGGCUGCAAGAGAAGGAUAAACACGCAGAGGAGGUCAGGAAGAACAAGGAGAUGAAGGAGGAGGCCUGCCGGUAGAUGAGAGGAGCGAGGGAGUUGAAAGUGUGGAACCAAAAUGGGAAGGUCCUAAUUCUUUCUUUUUUUUUCGGGGGUCUGGUUUAAAAAAAAAAAAAGAUAAAAAAUGAAUCCAACGGUGCAAGAAAAGUGGAAGAAAUACUUGACCGCAAAAUCGAUUAAUUUGAAAAAAGAUUUUACAUUUGAUGUGUGGUUGGAAUUCUGAAAAAGUUUGGCUCUCCAUCGGAACUUUUUCCUUUUCUAAGAAGACAUUCAGGGUGGAAAUGCAAAGGAAUCAAGACAAACAUGCAGCAUUUCAGCGCUCUAAUGGUUGAGAUCAGUUUUUCUCGCAGUUUUUAGUCAAACAGCAGGACGUUUGUACACCAGGAACUUGUCACCCAGAAAGUGGACACCCAAACCAUCUCCAGGAGUUAAUAUUCAUUCCACAAAACCGUCAAUUUAAAGCUACGGACACACCGGGCAUGUGAAUGUGCGUUAAGCUCACGCGGUUCACAAUUGUCAAGCAGGAAGGGGCUUCUUCUUUGUCUUUUUCUGCUGUUUACUAGCGCAUGUCCACCAUUUACAGUUGGAAGACGCCUGAUGCGAAAUGUUGAAGUGGCAGAAAUCUUUGGAAUCUUGCUUCAAGCUUUCUUUUUCAGCUUUUUCUUCCGAUGUGAAAAACUUGGUGUCAUGUUAUUCCGGCUGGGCACAAACCGCAGUUAUUAAUGUCUUCUUCAUGGUCAAUUUUCAAACGGCCCUGCUUGUCCCUGAUUGGUCAAAGUUUGACUUGAUUUAACUCACAAUUGACGUAUUGUAAAAGCAGGCAAAAAGGCUCAUAGGAACUUGGGUAGUUACACGAGAAUGGAAGAGUUUUGGACUUGGAAGCCUGAAACACGCGUUUACAUAGACUUUUCAUUGAAGUGGCUGCUUGAACGUGCUUCGCCGAGGGCGGUGUGAACGUAGCUUUACAGUUCUAAUGUUCUACAGGCAGAGUCUCCAAAAUGCAAAUUUAAGACGACUUAAGUCUCACAUAUAUAGAACAAACACAUAUAGAAUUAUCUUUUUUUUCCACUUUUUGCUUUGUUUGGAGACAAAAAAUAUUUUUCUUUUGCUAUUACCGCCAUUUUUUUGAGCUCUGUGUGAAACUGUAGUGGUUGUGCUGUAGUAGAUGUGUGACCUGAAAUUUGGGUUUUUGCAAUGUUUGCACUCUUUUUUUUUUAUGAAGCACAACUCAAAAGCACAUGUGCAUCCAAGAGUCAACAUAAACAGCAAAAAAUAAAUAAAUAAAUACACAACAAUAGGAGCAUGGAGAGGAGGGAAACAGUCUCAGCAGGUCAAACUGGGAAAGCAGAAAUUUGGGUUUCCUUCUGAGGGAUGUGCAGAAAGUUGAAAUGUGCCCGAGUUGAUACUAAUUUCAUAUUGAAUUAACUGUUGGAUCAAUGCACUGUAAGAUGGGGCUAAAGCUGGAAUGGGGGGGUUUGUACUUGCUGUAAAGUGUGUUGCUGUAUCUUAAAGAAUUGAUUGUAUUUGUUUGGCAUGAUCAGUAAAAAAAUUCUUAACUCAA